GAUCUUUAAGAUUGUAUGUAUUAGUAAUAUUAUUCAUUGUCGGACUCUCCGACGAAUGUCAGGAGUCUCUAUGAGUAAAUUCGAUAAGAAAACUAUUGAUUACGAAAAUAUGGAAAGAAAAUUAAAAAUUGUAAAAGACAGAUUGAAUAUGAAACCUCUCACGUUAUCCGAGAAGAUUUUAUACUCGCAUCUUGAUGACCCAGAAAAUUCAGAAUUAAUUAGAGGGAAAAGUUACCUUAAUCUACGACCCGACAGAGUUGCUAUGCAAGAUGCCACUGCACAGAUGGCGAUGCUUCAGUUUAUGAGCUCCGGCCUUUCAAAAGUUGCUGUGCCUUCUACUAUCCACUGUGAUCAUUUAAUUGAAGCUAAAGAUGGAGGCACUGAUGAUUUGGAGCGGGCCAAAGUCUCUAACAAAGAAGUCUACGACUUUUUAUCUACUGCAUCUUCUAAAUAUGGCGUUGGCUUUUGGCGUCCUGGAAGCGGUAUUAUUCACCAAAUUCUCCUUGAGAACUAUGUUUUUCCCGGACUCCUGAUGAUAGGGACCGACUCGCAUACCGUCAACGGAGGUGGGCUCGGAGCGCUCUGCAUAGGCGUCGGCGGCGCUGACGCCGUCGACGUGAUGGCCGACUUUCCUUGGGAACUGAAAAAUCCCAAUAUCAUUGGAGUCCGCCUGACCGGAAAGCUACAGGAUUGGGCCUCCCCAAAAGACAUCAUUCUUGCUGUUUGCGGGAUCCUCACAGUCAAGGGCGGCACGGGAAACAUAGUGGAAUAUUUUGGCCCGGGAGUCCCUUCCAUCUCCUGCACUGGCAUGGGCACCAUUUGCAAUAUGGGGGCGGAGGUGGGGGCGACAACUUCUGUAUUCCCGUUCAACAAGCGUAUGGCGGACUAUCUGUCCGCGACGGGCCGUGCUAACAUUGCUCGACUGGCCAAAAAGCACACUUUCUUGCUUCAACCAGAUGAGGGGUGCGAGUACGACCAAGUCAUUGAGCUUGAUCUCUCCUCCUUGGAGCCGCACGUAAAUGGCCCAUUUUCGCCAGACUUGGCUCAUCCUCUUUCUAAAUUCAAAGAAAACGUGCGAAAGAACGAUUGGCCGGAAAAGAUCUGCGUUGGUCUUAUUGGCUCCUGCACCAAUUCCUCGUACGAGGACAUGAGCCGCGCGGCCUCCGUGGCGCAGCAAGCUUUGACGAAAGGUACAAAAUUCAAGUCCAGCUUCACAGUGACUCCCGGGUCCGAGCAAAUUCGGGCCACCAUUGAGAGAGACGGGCAGGCUCAGGUCUUUCGCGACGCCGGCGGCGUGGUCUUGGCCAAUGCCUGUGGGCCCUGCAUUGGCCAAUGGUCACGAUCCGAUGUGAAAAUGGGCGAGAAGAACACUAUUAUGACGUCAUAUAACCGAAACUUUUCUAAGCGCAACGAUGGCAAUCCCUCCACUCAUGCUUUCAUUACUUCUCCUGAACUCUGCACGGCUUUCUCAUUAGCAGGGACGCUUCUGUUCAAUCCCCUGACGGAUAAACUCAUAGCCGCUGACGGCUCGGAAUUUCUUUUAAAACCGCCCACGGGCCACGAGCUUCCUCCUAAAGGCUUCGAUUCUGGGGAGGACACCUAUCAGGCACCACCUGCUGACUCCUCCGACAUUGAGGUCGUCAUUGAUCCCCAGUCCCUCCGCAUUCAAGCCCUCAAGCCCUUUGAGAAAUGGGAUGGCGAGGACUUUCGAUCGUGCCCCAUCCUCAUCAAAGUCAAGGGAAAAUGCACCACAGAUCACAUAUCAAUGGCUGGGCCUUGGUUAAAAUAUCGUGGCCAUCUCGAGAAUAUUAGCAACAACAUGCUUAUCGGCGCUAUUAAUAUUGCAAACAACGAGGCCAAUAAGGUGGUCAACGUCUACACCAGUGAGGUUGAUUCAGUGCCAGAAGUCGCCAAGCAGUAUAAGUCCGCAGGGCAGAAGUGGGUUGUGAUUGGAGACGAAAAUUAUGGUGAGGGGUCUUCCCGAGAGCAUGCAGCUCUGGAACCUCGUUUUCUAGGCGGGGCUGCUAUAAUAGUAAAAAGUUUUGCUAGGAUUCAUGAAACAAAUUUAAAGAAACAAGGACUUCUCCCACUCACUUUUAAGAACCCCGCUGACUACGAUGCUAUAAAUCCUACCGAUCGCAUUACGUUAUACGUGACUGCUCUGAAGCCGGGAGAGCCCUUGAAGGCCACUAUUGAAUCGGCCGACGGAGCUACUAGAGACAUUUUUCUGAAUCACACUUUAAAUGAGAAUCAAGUAGAAUGGUUUAAGGCUGGCUCGGCUUUGAACUACAUGGCCUCUAGAAAUAGAUAA